UCCAAAGAUCAAAUUGGCGCGAAACUAUCGUCGAAAAUUGAUUUAACCUAAAGGAGUGACAACAGAUUUGCUCGGAAAUGUCCCAGAGGAGUAUCACGUCGUUUUUUACACGAACAAAUUUAAAAGCUGAGACGAAGGAUGAAAAAAAUAAAAACAACGAGGUAACAGUCAAGAAACAGGAUGUGCUCGGCGAGAAGGAAACUAAGAAUAAAAAUGUCGAGACUAAAAAGACUACGGCUUCGAAGAAUUUGGUAAGUAGUGGUAGAGCUAAAACGGAUAAAAACGAGCAUAAUGAAAAACGCAAAAAAUCUUUGAAUAAUGUGAAAAACUCACAGCCUUCAAAGAAAUCGAAGGGCAAUGAUGUUGAAAAGAAAAAGGAGAAUCAGAAGGCGAAAGUGUGCGAUGAAAAAUCGGACUCAUCAUCCGAGGAUGAAUUAUCAAAUGGAAGAUUUACGCGGAUUAAAAAUAUGAAGAAAGAAUCAGCGAUACUGAAUAGGAUUAAAAAUUUAGUGGACUCAGACACCUCAUCCGAUGAUGAGAAAAGUAUCUCUAGUGGAAAACGAAAAAAGAUCAAAGAGUCCGUGGAAUCUGGAGCAUUAAAAAGAACAAGAAAAAAUAACGAAGACUUAUUGGAAAGUGAUGAUCAAGUUAAUAAUGAGAAAGAGAAAAAUGAUAGGGAUGAUUCGACAGAGCCUGAAGCCCCAUCGGAUGAAGAUAGGGAUGUCAUUCGAGAGAAAAGCAUUUCAAAAAGUAAUUUUAAUAAAUCCAAAACAUUUAAGAAAUUACAAUGUUUUGCUUAUAGCGAUGAACAGUUUGAUAAUAAUGAUUCUAUAAAGGAAAGUAAAAGUAUUAAAAUUGAUUCCAAAAAAUUUAGCAAAAAUGCUAUCGACGACGGGGAAGCAUCGAAUACAGACGAUAGCUCGCCUGAAAAAGAAGAUGUAAAAGUUGAAAAUAAAUUGGUAAAAUCGUCAAUAUCAAAAGAAUUUGAAAAGGUCACGGAGAAAGAUGAAUCCAAUGAAGACGACACGACGAAUCACAAAUCAGAGAUAAAUGAAACAGUUGUGUUAACAAAAAGCGAUAAGAAUGUAUCGUCAAAGGAUGUAAAGAACAUCGACGGUAAAGAAAAAGAGCAAAAAAUUCAGAAAGAAUCUCCAUCGUCAAAGCAAUCGAUUACUAAUGGCAAUUCUAUAAUUGCAAAAAAUAAAAAAGUUAAUGAAGAAAGUGAUUAUAAUCCUAUGGCAUCCUCGUAUCAUCCGGUCAACGAUGCCUCUUGGAAAGAAGGACAAAAAGUGCCCUAUAUUGCAUUAACGCGAACAUUUGAGCUAAUCGAAGGAAUUAGCGCUAGAUUGAAAAUAAUUGAAAUAUUAUCAAAUUAUUUUCGUUCUGUGAUAGUUUUAAGCCCAAAUGACUUACUAGCCAGUGUAUAUCUGUGCUUGAAUCAACUUGCACCAGCUUACGAAGGAUUAGAAUUAGGAAUAGCAGAAACCAACUUAAUGAAAGCCAUUGCUAGUUCAACUGGUAGAACUAUCGCGCAAAUUAAAGCUGAAUUACAAAAAGUCGGUGAUCUUGGAAUCGUUGCAGAAGGAAGUCGUUCCAAUCAGAAAACAAUGUUCCAGCCACCGCCGCUAACCGUCAGUUCAGUAUUUACAAAAUUAAAGGAAAUUGCUGUAACUACCGGCACAGCUUCGGGAAUGAAGAAAGUUGACAAGAUUCAAUCUUUAUUCGUAGCUUGUCGCUAUACAGAAGCGCGAUAUUUAAUUAGAUCUCUUGCUGGAAAGCUUAGAAUAGGUCUGGCCGAGCAAUCUGUUCUGCAAGCUCUGGCUUUGGCAUGCGCAAUGACACCCCCAGAGCAAAGCCGUCCGUUUGAAAUAUUGAACGCUUCCAAAGGCAUGUCUAGUGAUAAAUUUAAACAAAAAUUAGACGAAACGUCUUUGAUUAUUAAGACGACCUAUUGCCAAUGUCCCAGUUAUAACAAAAUAAUUCCAAUUCUCUUGGGAAAAGGAGUCCAAGAAUUACCGAAGGAGUGCAAGCUUACGCCAGGAAUUCCUCUGAAGCCUAUGCUCGCGCACCCAACAAAGGGUAUACAAGAGGUAAUUACCCGGCUCGAAGGAUUAAAGUUUACUUGCGAAUAUAAGUACGAUGGCGAAAGGGCGCAAAUUCACAUCCUAGAAGAUGGCACGAUCAAGAUAUAUAGCAGAAAUCAAGAGGACAAUACCAGUAAAUAUCCAGAUAUUAUUAAUCGAAUAUCAAAUACACGAAAUGAAUCGGUUAAAAGUUGCGUAUUGGACUGCGAGGCUGUCGCUUGGGAUAAGGAGAAGAAGCAAAUUCUGCCGUUCCAGAUCCUUAGCACGAGAAAGCGUAAGGAUGCAAACGAAGCCGAAAUUAAGGUUCAAGUUUGUGUAUUUAUGUUCGACAUGUUAUAUUUUAAUGGGGAAGCAUUGGUUGAAGAGCCACUGCAAAGGCGUCGGGAUUUGUUAAAGGAACAUUUCAAGGAGGUUGAAGGCGAGUGGUUCUUUGCAAAAAAUUUGGACGUGAAAUCUGUAGACGAAGUGCAAGAUUUUCUCGAUGAAUCUAUAAAGGGAAACUGCGAAGGUCUGAUGAUAAAAACUCUAGAUAAAGACGCCACUUACGAGAUUGCCAAGAGAUCUCGAAAUUGGCUGAAACUCAAGAAAGAUUAUUUGGAGGGUGUCGGUGAUACGUUGGAUUUGGUCGUUAUCGGCGGCUACUUGGGCAAAGGUAAACGAACGGGCACCUACGGCGGCUUUCUCCUCGCCUGCUACGAUCACGAAAACGAAGAAUAUCAGAGUAUUUGUAAAAUCGGCACGGGCUUCAGCGAAGACGAUCUCGCCAAGCAUACGGACGCCCUCAAGGAAUGCCUUAUAGACGAGCAAAAGCCAUAUUACCGUUGUGACUCCAGUCUCGAGCCAGACCAUUGGUUCGAGGCAAAAUUGAUAUGGGAAGUGAAAUGCGCGGAUCUGUCCUUAUCGCCGGUGCAUGCGGCAGCAAAGGGUAUCGUCGACCCGGAAAAGGGAAUAUCCCUGCGAUUUCCAAGAUUCAUACGCAUCAGAGAUGAUAAAAACUGCGAAGAUGCGACGUCAGCACGACAAAUAGCCGACAUGUACUUGAGCCAAGAACAAAUAAAGAAUCAAGUCUCGUCCAACUCGGCGACCGCGGAAGAAGAUUUUUAUUAAAAGUACUACGAAACCUUAAUGUUGUUGAAAAUUAAAUUUUUAAUGCGACCGACGAGAAUAAUUGACGAAAGUGAGAGAAGCAUUUUAAA